AAUGAAAUAUUCCAUUAUAUGUAACUAUGCACUCGCUUGACGUGCGCACGCAGAAUUGAUGGUUGCUUUCAUUGCCUCGGCAUGAAAAAAUAAAGAUCAUUUAUGCCGAGGAUAUAUACACAUUUAGUAUACGCACGCCGAGUUCAUACAUAUUGAAAAUACACAUUCACAGAAGGAUAAGGCGCUGGGGUUCGAUUUCGAAAUUUAUUCUUGCUGAUCGCUUGAAGGUGGUACUCUGUAUCAGGAAUUCCAAUGCCUAAGGAAAGAAAUAACCGUGUAUUUUCGUCUCGGAAAUCCAGAGGACAUUCUCCUUACCAGCUAAAUGUGUGUCCUUUUGAUAGGGAAGUGCCACAUGUAAAUUCCUCUGAUGCAGGGAGAUCCCUGUCAAAUAAAGAUUGGGAAGAUGCUCUCUGUCCCAUAUGUAUGAAUCCACCGCAUAAUGCAGUUCUUCUCUUGUGCUCUUCUCAUGAGAAGGGAUGUCGUACUUAUAUGUGUGAUACAAGCUAUAGGCAUUCCAAUUGUCUUGAUCAAUUCAAGAAGGUUCACAGUUUGAUACCUACAGGACAGAAUUCAGAUAUCUCAGAUGAAAGCUUUCAUCCACAUGCCAAUUUGCAAAACUUUUCAAAUGCGGGGGGAACGGCAGAUACAACAGCAGAUGAGGAGUCUUUGCUCGAUGAAGUUUUCGAACCAAAUCCAGAGGUGGAUUUGAUUUCCCAUGAAAUACCACAGUUGAGUUGUCCGCUUUGUAGAGGACAAGUCAAAGGAUGGACUGUUGUUGAACAGGCGCGUAAGUAUUUGAAUACAAAAUCUAGGAGUUGUUCACAUGAAUCCUGUUCAUUUGAGGGAACUUAUGGACAGCUGCGAAAGCAUGCUAGAUCGGACCAUCCACUUGCUCGGCCAACGGAAGUGGAUCCCGAUCGGCAGAGAGAUUGGCAAAAUUUAGAACAAGAGAGGAACAUUGGUGAUGUGAUUAGCUCUAUUAGAUCAGCAAUACCCGGUGCCAUGAUGUUUGGGGAUUUUGUCAUUGACGGAGGCAAUACUGGUAAUGAAGACAAUGAAAAUUAUUUUCGAGGUGAUGAAAGGAACUGGUGGUCUUUCUUACUUCUUGUUCGGUUUUUGGAUCAAAAUGCUCAUAUUACGAUCAGCAGGGCAAUUCCUGCACGUGUCCGUGCAAGGCGCAGCGGCAGAUCUGGAAGGAAUUUUUCUUCAAGGGAAGGAAGCUUGGAAGCUAGUGUUAGCGUUGAAGGCGAUGGCAGCAAUGCUAGGUACAAUGACAGGUUUGGAAGGUCAUUUCCUUUGCGGGUGGAAAAUUCUGAAUCUGGUGCUAAUGCUCAAGGAAAUGUCUCUACCAGCAAUGCUAGGGUAAAUGACACGCAUUUUCCUACAGAAUCAUCAAGCAGAUGAAGUGACCAUGGGUCUGAAUAAUCGGACAAGUGAAUAUUCUUGUCGAUCAGUUGUACUCUGAGAAUUGUGCAAACUUAGCAUCCAAGGCAGUUAGAUUACAUUGAAUUCAUGAUUCUUUUCUUCCUCGGUUGGGACUUGCAUAUGGUUUUGGUCAUGGGGUGAUUAUAAAAUUGAAAUGUAAGCGAUCAGUGUGCAUAAGACAUACUCAAUACUUCCACAUGAUUGAGCGAUUUACAUUAGAGGAAAUGUGAAAACGUAAUGUUAGUCAAUUUCGAGUGAGCCUGUACUAAAUGGUUCAUGGUUGUACAUUCUUACUUAACUUCAUUGGGAAGGGCAAAACGAACUCUGAUGAUUGACAUGUUCACAAAUAAUCACACGUGAAAGCCAUUAGGGAACAGCCGGAUGCAUACAGAAGAGAGACUGCCUUCUCGUAAAAUUAGCAGCUGUCAUUUUCAUAUAUUAUAGCAGCUAUAGAUUUUGAAACACUCUUUAUGUCUGUUGGUUAAAAUAUAAUCUGUCUUUCUGCGUCUUCCGUUCUA